UCAGCUGUGUCCAAUCACAGCUGAUCCCAUGAGAGCCAGUAAUCGGCAUUCCUCAGAGGUGACAUGUACACUGAUGAUCAGUGUGUCCUGAUGAUCAGUGUAGCACCAGCAGUGCCAGCUGUCAGUGUCCAUCAAUGCCACCUGUCAGUGCCCAUCAGUGCCACAUCAAUGGCACAUAUCAGUGCCUACCAGUGCACAUCAAUGCCACAUAUCAGUGCCCAUCUGAGCUGCCUUUCAGUGCCACCUAUAAGUGCCAGCCAGUGCCACCUAUCAAUGUCAGUCAGUGCCACCUAUCAGUGCUGCCAAUCAGUCCCACCUAUCAGUGCGUGUCAGUGCCCAUCA